CACACACCAGAUCAUGAUGAACCGCAUGUUCAGGCCGUCUGUUCCCCUUCUCCCUCGAUCCAACGUAUUCCCGCGAUUCUCCCUCGCCUCCCGAACCAUGCAUAUCCAAUCGAUUCCCAUGUGGACCGGAAAGGGCAACAACUAUGCCUACCUGGUAAUCGAUGAACCGACGCGGGAUGCAGUGAUCAUCGACCCAGCAAACCCACCCGAGGUUGUGCCUGUGCUGGACGCGCAGAUCAAGGCCGGCAAGAUCAACCUUACAGCCCUUGUGAAUACGCAUCACCACUGGGAUCAUGCAGGAGGAAACAACGAAAUGUUAAAAACCUUUGGCAAGCUCCAGGUGAUUGGCGGCUCAAACUGUCAGGCCGUAACCACAACGCCGAAGCAUGACGAGACGUUCAAGAUCGGCGAGCGCAUCACAGUCACGGCGCUGCAUACGCCGUGCCAUACGCAGGAUAGUAUUUGCUAUUUCAUGCAGGAUGGGGACCAGCGGGUUGUUUUUACGGGGGAUACGCUUUUUAUUGCAGGAUGCGGUCGCUUCUUCGAGGGAAAUGCAAAGGAAAUGCACGUCGCCCUCAACGAGAUCCUGGCUUCCUUGCCCGACGACACCAAGGUUUACCCCGGCCAUGAAUACACAAAGGCGAACGUCAAGUUCUGUCUGUCCGUCUCCCAGUCGGAAGCCAUCCAGAGACUCGCCGCGUUUGCAGAGCAGAACCGCGAGACGCAGGGCAAGUUUACCAUUGGAGAUGAAAAGUUGCACAAUGUUUUCAUGCGAGUCCAGGACCCGGAGAUCCAACAGGCAACCGGCCACAAGGAUCCUGUGGAAGUGAUGGCUGCUCUACGGGAAAUGAAGAAUGCCAUGUAAUAGUAGAUUCAUUAUUAUUAUUAUUAUUAUUAUUAUUAUCAUAGAUGUAUCCCCUCACCACAUCUUCCCACUCCCAUAGUGAAAUGGGGUCAAAGACUUUUGGCGGCCGGGAAUCGCCUUGAAGAUUACGGCGAAUGUAUUCAUCUUGCUUCUCUGUCCACACUCUGCCGUCCUUGUGCGUGGAAACGGCGAGCUCUAGCAAUUUAGAAGCUAUACAUAUAGAAUAAAUUACGGUAAUCAUCUCGCAUUAGAGAUAUCCACCGGUGAAUGUGUCGAUGUGUUGAUGGGUUGAUGUGU